GGUCCAAGUCUUGUCCGAAACGGACAGUCUCAAUUCCCUUUCCACUCCCAAGCGAUUAAAGUCUUACAAAGAGAUAACGCUUCGGCUGAGAGACCAAACACCGAAGAGGGGCCUCCCAUUGGUUUCGAACCGUGCGCCCCAACAGGUUGAUCCUCCAGCCAAAAUGGGGGAGACGGCCGCCUGCUGUGUCAUGGAUUUCUUCCCACGGUGGAGCGGUGGAGAUGUGUGUCAGCCCUUCGUCUACAGCGAAGCCCCACACGACUCUCCAAUCCACCACCAUCCAAACCCAGCCCGCCCUCUUCUUCCCACAAGAGGGCAAGCAACCCCGGUGACCCUCGUGACGCCGCUACCUUCCCUCCCUCUCAAAUAACUUCUCCCCCAAACCCAAUCAGUUCCCAGGUGCAGCGAUUUGGGCGCCAGACGCGACGAGGCUUCUCCCAUGGCCGGCCCACUGGUCCUCGCAUCGCAGCUGGCUGCCGGGCUGGGCAUCAUCGCCGGAGCCAUGAUCGUGAGGUCGGCCGUGGUCCACCGCCCGACAUCAGGCAAGCAGCCACGGUGCACGACGUGCAAUGGCACCGGCCGCAUCACGUGCCUAUGCUCGCGGUGGUCGGACGGGGACGUCGGAUGCCGGACCUGUGCCGGCUCAGGCCGGAUGGCGUGCAGGAGCUGCGGCGGUACCGGGACUGGCCGACCAAUCCCGGUUCGAGUCCCGAUGCAGUCGAACCGGCCCUCAUAAGAUACGUAUCUUCGUUCUCUGAUGAAGACAUUCGCAUGUAUAUUUUCCACUGCUUCAAUUUGAUGUGGUAAGUACAUGUAGCAAAUUACUGCUUGAAGUUCCAUAUAAAAAUGCCUUCUUUAAACGCCUCUU